AUGUUGGUAGACUUGAUAAAGAAGACUAACGAAUCACUAAAAAGUUUACAAGAAAAUAACGCAUCACUAAAGGAAGAUUUACAAGAAAAUAGAGAAGAGGAAAGAAUAUUCCGAGAAUCAGUAGAGAAAGGUUUACAAGAAACGAGAGAAUCACUAAAGGUUUUACAAGAAAAUAACGCAUCAUUAAAGGAAGAUUUACAAGAAACUAUAGCACAAGAGAUCAAAACAUUGCAGAUGAAGAUGGAAUGUAAUCUGAAGAAGGAAAUGCAGGAGCUACAAGAACGACUGAAGAUGGACAUCAACGAGAAAGAGAAGAAGCUACAGAAGAGCAUAGACCAAGUCCAGGGAGACGUGGAGAAGGUGGAAGGAAAGUUAACAAAAAAGAUGGAAGACGAUAUUGAAGAAACGAAAGCCAAAUUGGGAGAAAGAAUCAACGAAGUGGAAACAAAUUGCAAUCAUCGAAUCGCCGAGGUGACGCAGAUGCAGAAACAAUGCAAUGAGGCGGUUAAGGGGAUAGGAGAUAGGCAAAACCAACUGGCUGUCAAUCUGAGAAAUGCUAUAGCCAUGCAACGAGAAGAGGAUAACAAGAGAGUGCAGCAAUUGGAGAGCAAGACAGAAGAAAUCGAUAAACGAAUUAGCAAUGCCACCUUAACCGUUGGGGAAGAGGAAGAGGUGGCAGUCAUAGAUACAGGAACCAUGGUGGUGAACGUCAAUGGGGAAAUGAUUGGAGAAGGAGUGAAGAACCAAGAGAUCGUGAGAGAAGAUGGGAUAGGCGAAUGA